UCCGUCCCGGAAGUCUCGCGAGCGCUUUUGGUGACGCUGCAUACGGCGACAUGGCGUUCCUUCGUUUGGUCAGCAUCGUGGUGUCCAUCCUGGCUCUCCAAGCUUGGGCACUCAACCCAAGCCACCACCUGAGCGCGUCAGAUGUGGAGAGACUUCAGGACAUGCUGGAGCAGUCAUACACAGACCUGAAGUCGUUGUACCUCUCGAUCGUUGGCCUUGACAAACUGCGAGUAUCUGUGCCUGACUCAAACGAUGCUUGCAAAUUCAUUGAGGACAACCUAGAUUCUUCCAGCAUCGAAUCUGUGUUUUAUGCUGCCGAGGCCAGUCGAGUGCUUUCUUCUUGUGAGAUUCGGGUAUCGAAUGAGACUCGGGAUUCUCUCCUCGCCGCCGUAAGUGAAGACUCGACCAUCUCGCAGAUCUACCAUGCUGUGAGCGCGCUCAGCUCGCUGGGCCUCCCUUUGGCAUCACAAGAGGUGGUCACUGCCCUUAAAGCACGCAUCGCAAAGGAGGACAAUGUCGUUGCCAUCAUACAGGCUCUGCAGGCGGCUUCCCGUCUCUCUCAGCAGGCCGAGCUCGGGGAGAUCUUUGAGGAAAUCGAGGAUCUGGCUGCUCGGCUGGACGACCUUGGCGGUGUGUACCUACAAUUCGAGGAAGGUUUGGAGGUCACCGCUAUGUUUGUGUCUGCAGCAUAUGAUCUGUCCGAUCACAUGAACGUAGAGCCUCCACUGAAAGAGGACCAGGUGAUCCAGCUGGUGAACUCCAUCUUCAGUAAGAAGUCGUGGGACUCUCUGUCCGAGGCAUUCAGUGUAGCUGGUGCCGCUGCCGCACUGUCCAACAACCGCUUCCACAAGCCAGUCAUCGUUAACGCUCUGGGCUCUGCGGCUGUCUCACACAGCCAGCCUCUGCUGCAGCUCCAGGUGACUGAUGUCCUGUGCCAGCCUCUGAGCUCCGCUAACGUCCUGGUGGAAUCGGCCACCUCUUUAUCUUCCAAGACUGUAGUCCUGAGUCAGACUCCCUUCACCCUGCGCGAUGACCUUUUCGAGCUGAACUUCAUGGCCAGCCAACCUGCGAGUGGUUACUACCAGUUCUCAGUGGCUGUCACCGGAGACAACCGUCUUGUCGCCAACCACAUCGACCUCAAGGUAAAAGUCUCCACCAAGGUAGCGAUCAACAACAUGGAUCUGUCUGUGGUCGACAAGGACCAGAGCAUUGGUGCCAAAACCACUCGAGUCGAGUAUCCUACCAAAGCCAAGACCUCCUUCUUGGCUGACAGCCACCAGAACUUUGCUAUGACCUUCCAGCUGGUGGAUGAAGCCACCGGAGUGGAGCUUACACCUCACCAGACCUUCGUCAGACUCCAUAACCAGAAGACCGGACAGGAGGUGGUGUUUGUGGCCGAGCCAGACAGCAAGAACCUGUACAAGUUUGAGCUGGACACAGCUGAGAGAAAGACGGAGUUUGACUCCAUCUCAGGCACCUACGCACUCUACCUGAUGGUGGGAGACGCCACUCUGGAAAACCCAGUCUUAUGGAACGUGGCGGACGUUGUUCUCAAGUUCCUCGAUGAAGAGGCUCCAUCAACAGUUCAGGCGAAGAAUCUGUACAUUCCCAAACCAGAGAUUCAGCAUAUGUUCCGUGAGCCAGAGAAAAGACCUCCUACCGUCCUGUCCAAUGCCUUUACAGCACUCGUCCUCUCUCCGUUCCUGCUGCUGCUCAUCUUGUGGUUCAAGCUGGGUGCCAACAUUUCCAACCUAAGUCUGUCUCCCAGCUGUGUGCUCUUCCACCUUGGCCAUGCUGCCAUGCUGGGCUUAAUGUACGUGUACUGGACUCAGCUGAACAUGUUCCAGACACUUCAAUACCUGGCCAUUAUUGGAAGCCUUACGUUCCUGGCUGGGAACCGCAUGCUGGCACAGAAAGCAGUUAAAAGACAAGAAGCUAAAUGAUCACAGAAAGCAGUCGUGAGGAGACUGGAGCUUCAUUUUGUUCCUGUCUUUUAUUUAAUUAAAGAAAUCUGGCACGAAAGCAUCAGUUCAGUGGAAGCUAACUGACCAGGACGUGACAGCUCAUUGGACUGAAAAAAAUUGUAUGGAUGAAAUUUGAACAAAUCUGAAAAGCUGAAUAUGCAGUUUAAAGUUAAAAUUUUUUCGGUGAAGGGGGGUGGGAGGUAGAAAACAAACAAAAAGAAACUCACUCGCACACACAACUGAAUGCACUGGGGUUUUGACACGAUCGUUGCUGGUUCUGUUCAGGUGGGGAUUUUUUUUUUUUUUUUUUUUUCUUCUCCUCACAGCAAACGCUAAAGAUUCAUCUGUGGUUGUAAUUUUUUUUUGUUUGUUCUUUCGUAGGAGGUUUUGGUUGACCAGGUUUUUUUUUAUUUUUUAUGUCAGUACGGACAGCACGUCCGCCGAUUUUUACAAGCUUGUACACUGACCGCUCAACACACCAAAUCGUGGUUUUGUAAAGAAUACAAAAUAAAAACCAAUUAAAAAA